AGUCACCUGACAAGACUCCAACCAGCUGGGUAAACAUGGCGUCUGUCUCCGGCUGUGGAAAUUACAUGUAGCGCUUCUGUCUGUUAGCAGUCUGUCGCACCAACGUCCUGAACACAGUAACGCGCCGGAGACGACGCGAGAAGACACGAAGGGGAGAAGGACAGCGGCGCCUCACUGAUGCUGCUUGUAUCGCUCUCUCAGCAUCCAGCAUGAAUGGUCUGAUGCCUGCACGCACCUCCUGAUCGGCGCAAGAUAUUUGCUUUUGUUAACAGAGACACUGAUUUGUGUUUCGGUCGAGGUGUCUACUUUUAGAAAAAUAAGAAUACAAAUAUCAAAGCUCUUGUUCGAGGGACUCUGUUCUGAAGGGUUGGAGCUGACAUUUGGGCCCACUCUGCUCUGGGACCCCCCCUCCCCCUUUUUUUCUCCUUUAAAAAAAAAAAAAUGACAAUCAGCUGGAUGUUUGUGUGUGUGGACCCUCUCCAUCUCUGGACCCCAAGCAUCUCCAUCUUUUUUUAACCUCACAAACAAAUGUGCGGCAGGAUGGUCAAUCUGACUGCACUUCAUAUGGUUGCCCUCCACCACUGCGCUCCGACAGCUGGUUUAUGAUUGUUAGUCGACAGUGUGUUGUGUUUCUCAUGAUUUGCUCAACAACACCACUAUGAUAGGCUCACCUGACGUGGUGGCGUUCACUAAAGAGGACGAGUAUGGGCAGACGACUCCGGACCCCUGGGCUCUCCCUGAGGAGUUCUCUGUCCCUCUCCAUCCUCUGGUUGACUCAAACCCCUGGGCCAAGACCUCCUAUGCCAAGUUCACCAAAGACUUCAUCCUCAUCUCUGAGUUCUCUGAGCAGGUGGGCCCUCAGCCUCUCCUCACCAUUCCUGAUGAGCCCAAAGUCUGCGGCACCUUCGAUCUCAACUACUUCUCCCUGCGCAUCAUGUCAGUGGACUACCAGGCCUCUUUUGUGGGACAUCCACCUGGCAGUGGCUACCCUAGGCUCAGUUUUGUGGAGGACUCGAGAGUAGUGCUAGGCGACUCCAAGGAGGGGGCGUUCGCCUACGUCCAUCACCUUACCCUUUACGACCUGGAGGCGAGGGGCUUUGUGCGACCCUUCUGCAUGGCGUACGUGUCGGCAGACGAGAGGAAAAUCAUGCUGCAGUUUCGGGAGCUGUCGCUCCGCUUCUCGCAGGCCUCUGAGUGUCUGAAGGCUGGGAACAGGAGAGCGUUUGCCAAGGAACUCCAGAGGAAGCUCCGAGACCUGGAGUACACUCACUCCGUGCUGCAGCGGGAGGAGGGCCUGCAGAGAGAGGCGGGGCCUCAGUGCAUGUACUCCGCUCAUGCUGUGGAGAAGGCCAACGAGCUUGCAAACGUGGAAAAGAGCAUCUAUGAACAUAGAGACCUGCUGAGGCAGAUCUGCUCCUACCAUCACCGCCCACGCAGAGAUCCUCACGCCGUCACCUGCCAGAAGUGUAUCACCGAGUGCUUGAGUGAGUGCGAGCAGCUGUUCGACAAAUACGCCAAGCUCGCCAACCCCUUCAGUUACACCAGCAAACGGGGCAAGAGGGAGGACGGGCAGGUUGAAGACGAAGGAGGUGGAGAAGAAGUGGAUGAGGGGGAAGACGAGGGCGGGAAGCGCAGGCCGUCCUACACGCCACAGCUGAUCAAAGCCAAGUCACCAAAGUGCUUCGACAAGCGCCUGAAGACCCUGGCGGAGCUGUGUGACAAUACUUUUUACGAGGCCACCGUGGAGCUCCUGAAGGAGACUGAGAGGAGUUUCCGGGGCGACCUGUGUUACCUGCACACCCGCCGCCUGGACAAGGCACUGCGCAGGAAGCAGAGAAUGACCAACUUCCUGUUUGAGGAGGACCUCGGAGAUGAUGACGAGGAUGAAGGGGGAACACUAAGACCAUUCUGUGCUGUCAACCAUGCUGUAGAUAACUUUACGCUAUUAAGUCCCCCUCCUAUUGUGCUAGGACCAGAACCUCUAGAGCUUGAUGCUCUGGAGCCUCCAGAUCCUCUAGACCCAGCCUCUGGGACCAGCCACACUCAAGAGAGUGAGCUUGGGCUUGUGGAGAGCCACCUGGAGUCCUCCCCCUCAGACCAAACUCUGGAGACCCAGGGGAGCUCGGAGGAAACCAAAGGAAGCUUUAGCAGCGAUAAGAGCGGGACGGGUCUAGCAGUGAGGCAACAGAAUGUGGCUUGUAUGAAGUCAGAUGCUCCUGAUCCUGAUCCUGAUUCUGACUUGACCCCUGACCCAGACCACAACAUUGACCUGGAGAGGGAGAGCAGCAGUGAAGAGAUUGAGACCACCGCUGGGGAGGAUGAGGGAGACGGGACACCUGUGUCCUUGCUGGAAGUGGUGUCUGAGCUGGAGGCCAGCAGAGAGGAUGAGUGUGAUGGGCUAACUAAUGGGGCUUGUGAGAUGCAGUCUGACUUGCUGGUUCCUUUGGACACAGCGUGCUGUAUGGCCCAAGAGGGUUUUCUUUAUGAGGCCUCUGCCCCAGAGGCGGUGCCUCGUCCUGGCCAAAGCUCCCACCUACAGCCCUGUCAAACCCCGGUGGUCAACCAGGAGCCCCAGGCACUGCUUCAUCUCCAGGACGACUACACGGUGGGCUCGCCAUCCUCGCAAAGCCCUGCGGCUGGGCUGGAGCUGCCUGUGGAGCUCCUUGGAGAUGCAGAUUCCCGAACCUCAGUGGGAGAUGGGUUUGACUGUACCAUGAGUGCGUCUACAGGGUCUGAUCGGGCUGCUUCACCUCUGGGCUAUGGGGGCGUGGUGACCCUGCGUCAGAGGAAGAAGGCUGGACAGGGAGCCUUGAGGUUUGUCCGACAGUACCCCUUUGCCAUGCAAGCGCUGUGGUGUCUUCUGAGCGGCAGAACACUGGUGGUGCUCGGGGCAGAUGAGGGGAUGGUCCGCCGUCUGGUUGCUGCUCUGGCCCUCUUCGUGCCUGGUCCUGGGAAGUGUGGAGAGAAGGUUCAAGCCUGGCUGUCCUGCCCCUUCACCCUUACUGACCUGCAGAGGUGGAAACUCAUUGGAUUGCAACGAGUGGCGUCCCCUGUGGGCUCCAGCAUGCUGUACUCUCUCUCUCGAUACAGUCGCUACAUCUCCAUCCUGGAUGCCGACCAGAAGACCUUGCGCUGUCCGUCGUAUCGGGGCCAACUCCUUGCCAAAAUAGCCGACCACCGCACCUACAUCCGCCGCGGCUCCACCUUCUUCCUUCACUUGCAGAGCACGCUCUGUCACCUAGCGGCCAAGGCCUUCCUGUUUACCUUCACCCACCACCUCCACCUGCCGGUCAGCUCCACAGAAGGGCCCAAGGUUGUAGAGGGCAGACGCCUCUGCUUCCUGCAGGAGCAGCUGGGGCUGGGAGAAGAGGACAGCCAGAUACUGCUCUACCUCAGCCAGCUCAUCACUCAGCAGUACCUCCAGCCGGCCACCGGGGGCAGAGCAUCGGCAACUUGUUUUAGUUUUAACUACACCACCAGCGUUUUAUACAAAAUCUGAUAUCGUAUUGGGGCGAGGAUUCCCCACACACGUUUUAGCAAAAGUCAUCUUUGACUCAUGGUUUUUAAUGGACCAAAGGCGAUCCUAAAAGGUCCACGAACAUUUUAGUUUCAGGACAAACUUCUGCACUGGUUAUUGUUUUAUCUGUGUAAUCUCUCUCCGCCUUGCUGUCUUCUUCUCUGGUCUUUCUCUUUCCUCAGCGUGCAGGAAAAAGGAGUCCGAGUGAGUUGUGAAUGUCACUGAGCGGUUCACUUUGCCUGAAUUUAGUCCAGAGCACGUUGACACUCACAAAAACACAAAACGCAGCAGACGAAGGUCGCUUCUACUUAUUGUCCGAUGAGUCAUUUGUGUGCGCCGUUUGCACUGGCUUGUUUAAGGUCAGUCUCCAUCCCUCUCCUCACCACUCACACUCACACUCACACUCACACACUCACACUCACACACACACUCUCACACACUCACACUCUCUCAAUCCAACAUGGCUGUCUGUGCUGUACGUGCUGGUCUGACCUCAGCCAGCUCGCUAACGGGUCAAAUCAUAGCUCUGUGAUAACACCUACUAAUCACUGAGUCUGUUGUUUUUACGCUAUGAUAUAAUCUUGGUUAUGUAUAAACAUGUUUUUCAACCCGCUUGCAUAUGCUGACAUGUUCUGCCUGUGGAGAACAGACACCUCUCUGAAUCUGUCCGUGAAACCUUCUUAGCACUGCGCAGGCUUGUUACAGCUGGUUUUGUGACAUGCCUCUCUCUCUCUCUUUGAGAACUACCACUUAACUUCCAAAGGCCAAAUCCUUUUUCUUUUAAUAUUUCUUUUGUGAAUCAAAUUUUAACCCACAUUCCCACAGUAAUCUGUCACGUUGUUGGAUUGUAGCUCAGAAGAUUUGACUUUUGAUAGCAUGGAGUAAACAUUCCCAGCUUUCAGGUCGCGAUGCAUGAGGAAGUGUAUUUGCUGUAUGAAUUAUAGUUCCGGUCGGCCCCGCGUGAUAUUUGCAUGUCCCGAAAUAACGUCAUCGCGAUACAUACUCACCCAUGUUGGGCCAGCGGCAGGCAAAACCUGUCACUAUAAUGUGCUGGCAAACAUUUUUCAUGGAUUUUACUCACACGGUCUAGAACAUUUUAAAAGCUACUUAACCUAAAUGUAUUGAAUUCACUGUUGUCUUAAAGUUGUGUGAGGGUGUUGUGGUGUCAGCAUGAGACUGUCUUGUGCCGGGGUGAAUCGCCUUAGUGAUACUAUUUCUGUUUUGUUGUGUAUUUGAGUGAACUGACUCGGAGAAGAUGCUGAACAUUUUGAGGAGAAGUUGCUGAGACAGUGAUGUUGUGUUUGUGAAGAUGUUACUUUGGGGGGGAUAAUUUCUUGUGCCAUCAAAAGUAAUAUUAUUAUUUUCUUUUCUUCUGAACAACCCUUGCUGGAAGUGUUAUUUGAACUGAACAAAACUCAACUGUAUUUAUUUAUUUAUUUAGGACAAGUUGACCAUCAUGCUGAGAAUGCCCCGAUUUCCUCUUUGGAGGAUGUUGGAGAAUUUCCCAGUUGGGUAAAAAAAAAAAAGAAGAAGUUGGGCCAGUGAAACGACACUGAACAAGCGUAUUUUAGAUAUUACUGUUCCAAAUUCUGUGAUGUCAGUGAUGGAGCUGUAAUCCUGUACUUAGAAUGGUAACUGUACUUGUGACUGCAUGGUCAGAGUUUUAAUGUGAAAGGUCAAACAAUGUCGACCAUGGAACAAGACACUUUUUUUUUUUUUCUUAAAUGGCAUAUGCUUUUAACUAACAGCAACGUCACAUUUUGUAUUAUAGCUAAUGUAUUAUUUUAUUUAUUUUAUGCCACAGGUUACGUCUUUUCUUUCUUUUGAAUAACACAUUUUACUGCUAAGUUACUUUUUUUAAUUAAUUUUUUUAAAUAUGUUGUCCCUCUAAUGCAAAAAGUUGAAUGUAAUCUGAAUAAGCCAUACCACAGUGUGCUUAACACGUCGUCACUCAGUGUCCUUAUGUUGCCAUAUCAUGCCCACCUAAUCCAUUGAGUGUUUCGCUCACUUCGGCCCUGUGAGACGUCGCUGUUGCCAGUGAUUUUAAAGAAGCACGUUGUGAAUGUCUUGAUGCUUUUAUGUAAAUGUUGAUGAAAUUCAUUUAUUCCAUUAAAUUAUUUGAAUCC